AUGAGUUGCCCACCCAUUCCCUCGAAGCACGAGUUUGCCGGCGUGCCGUUGUUUCAACGUCUGCCAAAACUGCCUGAGCUAGAAGGCACUGAUCCAGCGCGUGCCCCCCAAGAUGCGUUCCGACUGGCCAUCGCAGACCAGCUGUCGAGGUCCAUUGGAACGCCUCUGAAAGAUACCUUUUUGGCUGUAGCAACUGGAGGCAAGGAGUGCGAUUACAAAGUCGUGCUUCCUCGCUUUCGUCUGCCGACCAAAGUCGAUGAGCUUCAGGAGAAGGUUCUCACGGAGUUCCAGCCUAAUGAGUACAUCGAGCGAGUGACGAAGCAAGGCCCAGCCGUAUUGUACCAUGUGAACGUGAAGACGCUCAUCCCGCUUGUGCUCUCGACAGUGCAUGCCCUGACGUACGGCGAUGGCGCUGCGACCGAGGGGGACAGCGGCAAGAAGCUGCCUUCGUACGGCUCGAACUACUCAGGCAAGGGCAAGCUAUGUCUCGUGGAGUUCUCGUCACCGAACAUUGCGAAGCCAUUCCACGCCGGACACCUUCGUAGUACGAUCAUUGGUGCUUUCCUUGCGAACUUGUACGAGGCUAAUGGCUGGGAUGUCAAGCGAUUGAACUACCUGGGUGACUGGGGUAAGCAAUUUGGACUGCUGGCCCUUGGAUGGCGUCGCUUCGGUGACGAGCAGAAGUUGCAGGAAAACCCCGUGCAACACCUCUUUGACGUGUAUGUGGAAAUCAACAAGCUUGCGUCGGAGGAAGGAGGAAAAGGCGAACAAAUUCAUGAUGAGGCACGCGAGUUCUUCAAGGGCAUGGAAGACGGCAAGGAGGAAAACCUGCUCGAGUGGGAGCGGUUCCGCGACCUUUCGAUUGAAAAGUACAAAGAGACGUAUGCACGUCUGAAUGUGCACUUUGAUGAAUACCGUGGCGAGUCCAAGGUGCGGAAGCAUCACAUCGAAGAUACGCUCUCAAAGCUGCGCACGAUGGACUUUGUCUCGCGUGAGGAGAAUGGCGCCUUGCUUGCUGACCUAUCGAAGUUCAAGCUCGAGAAGGCAGUGGUCGAGCGCAAGGAUGGCACUCCUCUUUACCUCACGCGCGACAUUCCCGAGGCCGAGCAGCGAUACGAGCAGUACAAGUUUGACAAGAUGAUCUAUGUAAUUUCAUCGCAACAGGACCUUCAUUGCGCACAGUUCUUCAAGAUCCUCGAGCUACUGGGCCAUCCUUGGGCACAGAAAGAGUCAGAAGGACUGCUUCACAUCAACUUCGGCAUGGUUCAAGGCAUGUCGACUCGGAAAGGCACCGUUGUGUUCCUUGACCACAUUCUUGACGAGACGAAGGAGCAGAUGCACGAUGUCAUGCGGAAGAAUGAAGUCAAGUACGCGCAGCUGGAGGAUCCCGAGCGUACGGCCGACAUUGUCGGCAUGACAGCGAUCAAGAUCCAAGACAUGGCUGGCAAGCGUAUCAACAACUACACUUUUGACUGGAAGCGCAUGUUCUCCUUCGAAGGUGACACAGGCCCCUACUUGCAGUACAACCAUGUGCGUCUGUGCUCGAUGGAGCGCAUGAACGCAGAAGAUGGCCUGGUCCUGCCGAAGGAAGACUUGGACUUUGAAACCAUGCGGACGGAGCGCCUACAGGUGCCAGAGGCUCUCGAGAUUGUGUGGUUGCUGGCUCAGUGGCCCGAUGUGGUUCGAACUGCUAGUCGCGACCAUCAAGCCUCGACGAUCGUUACAUUCUGCUUCAAGCUCACGCACGCGAUCAGCUCUGCUUGGGAGAAGCUUAUCGUCAAGAACCAAGAGCGUGAUGAUGCACUUGUGCGGUUGUGGCUGUACCGCUGUGCCAAGGAUGUGCUGAGCAGCGCACUUCGUCUCUUGACUGUGACGCCGCUAGAACGUAUGUAA